AUGACAGGUCCAGUAGGAAGCAUCACCUCUGCAACUCUGAAGAAGCUUAAUAUUUCUUCGAACAAAUUGUCAGGCUCCUUACCUGCCGUGGUUGGGCACUGUGCCAUCAUAGAUCUGAGUAAUAAUAUGCUCACAGGUAACUUGUCCCGAAUCCGAAGUUGGGGAAAUUACAUUGAAGUUAUCCAGCUAAGUUCCAAUUCCUUGACAGGAAGCUUGCCUAAUGAAACAUCUCAAUUUUUUAGGCUAACCUCAUUUAAGAUAUCCAACAACUCAUUAGAGGGUGCUCUUCCACCAGUAUUGGGUACAUACCCAGAGCUAAAAGUGAUUGAUCUUAGCCUCAACCGGCUACAAGGAUUCCUUCUUCCUGGCUUUUUCUCGUCAACUAAAUUGACUGAUCUUAACUUGUCAGGCAACAAUUUCUCCGGGUCAAUACCUGUCCAGGAAAUCUCAAGUCAUCCUUCAAACAGUUCCGCUCAAAAUCUGAGCCUGGUAUUUAUAGAUCUGUCUAAUAACUCAUUGAGUGGUCAUUUGCCCGCAGAGAUCAGUGAGUUUCAUAACUUGGUAUAUCUCAACCUAUCUAAGAACAAUUUUGAUGGUAGCAUUCCUGAAGACUUUCCAGAUCAACUAAAAGGAUUUAACGUGUCUUUCAAUCAUCUUUCCGGUGUUGUACCUGAAAAUUUACGGCAGUUUCCUGAUUCCGCAUUUUAUCCGGGGAACUCUUUGCUAACAUUUCCCCAUUCCCUAUCAUCACCAAAGGGUGUCCUCAAUAAUACUUCUAGGGAGCACAGGCCCCUUAAGAAAGCUGCUAUUAGAAUUUCCCUCAUAGCAGGUUUGGUUGGUGGUGCUGCUGUUAUAGCUCUUUCAUGUAUGAUGAUCUAUUACAGGGCUCAUUGGCAGGAAUGUACAAGUUCGAAAGAAAAUUCUGGGAAGAAAGCUGUCGAACAAGGAGGCUCUGCCCUCUCUCAUAGAUCGGUACCUGAAAAAAGUGUAGACGGCUCAAUGUCUUCUCAAGAUCUUUUACCAUCAUCCCAAACGAGGUAUCCUCAUGAUGCCUGUGAUACUUCAUCAGUUCUAAAGAAACCUAAGAAUUUGGGUCAUCCGGAGUCAACAAAAAAAGAGGAAGGGACAUCUGCUCCUAUGUCUCUCUUAUCAUCAUCAAAUCUAUCACCUUCUAAAAAUCAACAACCACUUGAGAGUCCUGAUGUGCUCAAAACUUGUUCUCCAGAUAAAUUGGCUGGUGAUUUACAUCUGUUUGAUGGCGCCUUGGUGUUCACAGCAGAAGAACUUUCAUGUGCUCCUGCAGAAGCUAUUGGAAGGAGUUGUCAUGGAACAAUGUACAAAGCUAUGCUUGACUCAGGUCAUGUAUUGGCUGUGAAAUGGCUAAGGGAGGGUAUAGCAAAAGGAAGGAAAGAAUUUGCAAGAGAAGUAAAGAAACUAGGAACCAUCAGACAUCCGAAUCUAGUUUCUCUGCUCGGUUACUACUGGGGCCCAAAGGAGCAUGAGAAACUGAUUAUAUCAACUUAUAUUAAUGCACAAUCGUUGGCAUUCCAUCUCCAUGAAGUUGAGCCAAGAAAACUUUCACCCCUGUCUCUUGAGGAACGGCUCAGAAUUUCUGUAGAUGUUGCCCGAUGUCUGAACUUCCUACAUAAUGAGAAGGCAAUUCCCCAUGGCAACCUCAAAUCCACAAAUAUUUUAUUAGAAACUCCUAGUCUGAACGCAGUCCUCACAGAUUACAGUCUCCACCGAAUUUUGACUCCGGCUGGCACUACUGAGCAAGUAUUGAAUGCAGGUGCUCUUGGCUAUCGGCCCCCUGAAUUUGCUAGCUCAAGUAAACCCUGCCCAUCCUUGAAGAGUGAUGUCUAUGCGUUCGGGGUGAUCUUGUUGGAGCUCUUGACUGGAAAGAGUUCCGGGGAGAUUGUGUCUGGCAUACCUGGUGUGGUUGAUUUGACAGACUGGGUGAGACUAUUGGCAGAAGAAAAUCGUUCUUUUGAAUGCAUUGACAGAGUGAUUCUGGAAAAGCGUAGCGUUAAGCACUCCCCCAGAGUUCUUGAUGGAAUGCUACAGGUAGCUCUAAGAUGUAUCCAACCAGCAUCGGAAAGACCCGACAUCAAAACUGUAUUUGAAGAGAUUUCAGGUAUAGUGAACUAA